AUGUAUGCACCCUCUGCUGACGAUUCAAUGUACACAGAUUCCUCACCAGCAGAAACUAGUAACAACGAAUAUGAAAAUGGUCAACAUGGAAUUGGUGCGGUAAGAAGUAUUCGGGAUAUACUUAAUGCUGAUAGUCAGUCACCUAUUAAACGUGAAGAACCCGAAGUAGAUGUAACUGGUGAAGAACCUUCUGCGACAGAAGACCAACCAUCACCUCUAAAAUUUGAUGAUCAAUUUGGGGAAGUUGUUGACGAAGAAAGAGAUAAAAUACAAAGACUGAAUAUGCGUCAUCCCCAUAAUAAUACUGCCGUUAGAGAUUAUCUAAAUAAAACCGUUGUACCUAGCAGAUAUUUAAUUGAUCAUUGUCAACAUGAUCAUACUAAAGACGAAUAUGGUUCAGAAAUGCGAAUAAAACAUGAAGAUACUGAUGAUUGUGAACGAGCAACAACCCGACAGAAACAAAGAAGAGAUAGUAAUUCAAGUUUGGACGUAGGUUCAGAAAUGGAUGUUGAUAUGAUAUUGAAUCCUUAA